AUGAAUACAAACGCAUUGCGGGCGUAUUUUAGGGCGAAAGGUGGAGAAAUUGGAGGUUUCGCGUAUCGGGCUAGGAUGCAUCGUCUUUUUACUGAGCUGGAGCCGUCUAUUACUGUCACCGAGCAAAACCUGGCAGACCGAGUUCGGUAUAUCUUACGCUCAAAUAUAUUUGAUGGCGCCGAACUCGAACGGCUACGACGUGAGGCUGUUCCCUCAUCAAAUGAAAAUGCUACGACUGGGGGUGCGGUGCCACAAGUUGCAGAACAACCCGCACACGUGGAUGCCGCCGAGAAUACCCCAGUAGUUGCUGAAUCAAAUGAUGAUGGAACAUUCACCCAGGAACUAGAAAUAGAGCAAAUGAGGGGUACAUUGUGUAACGAUCUCCCCCCCUCUGUAUGA